AUGUUACAGUGCAUGACAGUCCAAUUCCAAGCAGCAGCUAUCAUGAGUUUCUUGGAUGUAACGGCCUCCAUUGUCUUCAUGUCUUUGGUGCGCUUCACAGGGAAGCGACCCAUUUAUUUGGUCAUGUCCCUUGGAACAUUUUUUUCUUCAGCAAUAAUCCCGUGGGGUAGCAAGCAUUUGGAAACGACACUCUCUCUGCCUGGCGCUAAGCUAUUUUUCUGUGUCGUUUCUGGCCUUGGUUUUGUUUUAAUGUACUUGAUAUUGCCGGAGACGGAGAACAUCUCGCUUGAAGACAUCGAACGACACUUUUCCGACAAUUCGAAGAAAAUCACCGACCGGAAAAUUCGUAAAUCAAAUGAAAAGACAUAAUCAGGACAUGUUGAAGACUGCUGAUGAAAAAACAAAGAUUUUGAGUUGAUAUACUAUAUAUAAUCAGAAAGUCAAUACUAUGAGUGAGUAGUGUGUACUGUGUAUUUUUUGGCAACUUUUAUUUUGAUAGAGUUUAGUAUGUUCCACACGUGGUUUUUGGCGAUUUUAAUUCUUCUGACAGAAAAUAUCGAAUUGGUGUCUUCGCA